AUGAAACCUUUUUCUCUGUUUUUUAGUUUUCUAGUAGUGGCCAUCGUUUUGGCAACAACAAGCUACAGUAUUGAUGCCUUCACCAGAAACGAUUUUCCAGAGGAUUUCCUAUCCGGAGCCGCCACUUCUGCUUAUCAGUGGGAAGGAGCUGUUGAUGAAGAUGGAAGAACUCCUAGCGUCUGGGAUACUUUCACCCACUCUCAUAGUAGAGAUAAUGGAGACAUAGCAUGUGAUGGUUAUCACAAAUAUAAGGAAGAUGUUAAGCUCAUGGCAGAUAUGGGCUUAGAAGCAUUCAGAUUCUCUAUCUCCUGGUCAAGACUUAUACCUAAUGGAAGAGGACCCAUUAACCAAAAAGGUCUAUUGUUUUACAAGAACUUCAUCAAAGAAUUACGAAAUCAUGGAAUCGAGCCACACGUUACACUUUACCACUAUGAUCUUCCUCGGUCUCUUGAAGAUGAGUACGGAGGAUGGAUCAACCGAAAAAUCAUAGAAGACUUCACUGCUUUUGCAGAUGUUUGCUUCAGAGAGUUUGGGGAGGAUGUGAAGUUAUGGACUACAAUCAACGAAGCUACGAUAUUCGCCAUUUGUGCUUAUGGCGAAGGAAUCUCGCCGCCUGGACAUUGUUCUCCUAACAAAUACAUCAAUUGCUCUACUGGAAAUUCUUCUACAGAACCAUAUAUUGCAGGCCAUAACAUGUUGCUAGCUCAUGCCUCCGCUUCCAAGUUGUAUAAACUAAAGUACAAGAGUAAGGAGAGAGGAUCCGUAGGCUUUAGUAUAUUUGCAUUCGGGUUAUCUCCUGAUACAAACUCCAAGGACGAUGAAAUCGCAACUCAAAGAGCUAAAGCUUUCCUCUUUGGCUGGAUGUUGAAGCCUUUGGUAUUUGGGGACUAUCCGGAUGAAAUGAAGAGAACCUUGGGGUUGAGGUUACCUGUUUUCUCAGAGGAAGAGUCGGAGCAAGUGAAAGGAUCAUCUGACUUUAUUGGAAUUAUUCACUACAUAACAUUCUACGUCACAAACCAACCGGCACCUUCUAUCUUUCCCAGCAUGAACGAUGGCUUCUUUAAAGACAUGGGCGCAUAUUUGAUCCCCAUUGGGAACUUUUCAUUUUCCGAGUGGGAGGCUAUUCCAUGGGGUCUUGAAGGUGUACUUGAGUAUCUAAAGCAGAGCUAUAACAAUCCUCCGAUCUACAUUCUUGAAAAUGGUAAACCGAUGAUACACGACUCGAUGCUACAGGACACACCAAGAGUUGUAUACAUUCAAGCUUACAUCGGUGUUGUGCUCAACGCCGUCAAGAAUGGAUCGGACACGAGAGGUUACUUUGUAUGGUCGAUGAUUGACGUAUAUGAGUUAAUGGCUGGAUAUAGAACCAGCUUCGGAAUGUACUAUGUGAAUUUCAGCGAUCCUGGUCGCAACAGAUCUCCAAAACUCUCUGCUUCUUGGUACACUGCUUUUCUCAAUGGUACAAUUGAUGUUGCUUCUCAAGAUAGUAUGAUUCAGUUGCAGAGAAACCUCUCAGGCUUUUCUUUACUGUAA